AUGGUCACACUUCCGCUCUGCGACAUGACCAUGUUGGUAGCCCAUUUAGGCCUUGAUGAUAGGCUAAUGGCUCUUUAUAGUGCGGUUAUUAAUUCGCACGUACGCUUCUUUUCGCUCACAGAGAUCUGGAUUUCUAAGGAGGUUGAUGUUUACCUCACUUUAUGCGUCGCGAUGCAUUCACCCAAAAUAUUUCCCCGAGUGCUCAUCGCCCAGAAUCGCUUAACCAAACGCUUUAAAACCUACUCAUACGAUCCAUUCUAUAUCUGCCGCAAACCUUCCAUCCCCCUUUUCCCUAGGCUUCAAUUUUCUCUCAAGGGCUAUGAUUUUCCUACUUUGGAAAAGUAUGAAAUAUAUUUGAAUAAAACCCUGAGGCGCUGGGUAAGCUCCGUGGAUUCUUUCCCACUGCCACCAAAGAAGACUCUGUACAAAGUUUACCAUCCAAACUCAACCAAAGUUAAAACUGAAUUUGAGUUGAAUCACUAUAGUCGGAUUGUUUGUGCCGAGAAUGUGAAAACCGUGGAUCUUCCUAUUAUUUUUGAUCUGGUACAGCAAAAUCUCCCCGAGGGAAUUGAACUCGCAGUUGAAGAAGUAGGUUCUUGGAUGUAG